AUGCUGAGCAAGGCUCGGCGUGCAGCCGGCAAACGAAUUUCAUCCCCAGAUGACAACAAUUCUGAUUCUCGAAGUAUCGCGAGCGUAUCCAAGGAGGACAAGAAGGCGAAGAAGCAAAGCUCCAAAAUCCUGCGCGCUUUGGAAAAGUCGAAGGAAGGGGGAAGGGACUCUCUCUUCCCAACCACGUCUUCUGAAUUGACGUCCGUCGUCCCCGCCGCCACUGCGACACCACAGCCAAUUUCCGUCAAUCCUUCUAGGACAGCGAGUGUCGGAACGGAUGAGCUGGGAUUCUCUGUUAUCCCACAGCAAACUACCACCACCAUCAUCCCACCCACGCCGACUUCCGUUGAGCCCUUCGACACCAUUACACCAGCGGGGCCGAAGUCCGUCGAGGCUUCUAGAACAGCAAGAGUUGUAACAGAGGAGCUGGGCUUCUCCGUUGUUCCGCAGAAGACCCCCAGCACAACUAUUCCUUCUAUGUCACCUGCCAGAACUGCGAGUGUCGGGACAGAAGAGCUGGGCUUCUCUGUCGUCCCACAGCAGACCACCACCACACCCCCCACCGAGCCCUCCAGGCCGUCCAGCGUCAAAACAGGCGAGUUGGACUUUUCGAGCGCAAAGGCACAAGACCAGGAAUGGACUACCGUCAGUGGUGAUGUCGAGCCCUUAAACGCCUCUCAACCUCUCCACCAGACAUUGGGUGAGGCAAGGGCGGAAGCGGUUUGGGAGAAGGAGAUUCAGGAUCUUACGUGCGAGAGGGACGAUCUUGAAACACGCUUGAAGGCCGCAGAAGAAGCUGCAGCGAAGUCGCAGGCCGAGAGCGAAGGACGGAUUCAACAGCUGCUUAAGGGCAAUGCAGAGUUGAACGAAGGAAAUGCCUCAUUACUAAAGGAGGCUGAUCGACUCCUUGACGAGUCGAAGGAAGCUCGGGACCGAGCUCGUGUUCUCGAGGAGGAUAAGGCGGCGUUGGUGGCUGAGCGACGUUCUCUGACGGCAAGCCAUGAUUUUCUCACGCAGGAGAAGGCGAAGCAGGACGAGGAGCUUCGGCUGGUCCAUGAAGACAAGGAGGACCUCGCAGCUGAGCUGCAAGCUCUGCGAGCAGAGAGCGACGAGUUGAGGGACGAGGUGGAAGCUGAGAAACAAACAAGAGCUGCUCUGGAGGAGGAAAAGGCUGGUCUGAUGACAGAACUACGGGAGCUCCAAGCUGAGAUCGAUACUAAGGAUGAGGAGUUAGAGGUAAAGUCCACGAGAGUGAGUGACCUCGAGGGGGAGUCCACAGAUAUGAAGGCGCAAUUGGCACAACUACGCGAAGACCUCCUUCACACGAGUAGGAGACAUGUAGAGGCGCGGAAUAGCGAGGCAGAGAAGACAGCAGAGCUGACUAACCAAAUGCGACGACUGCAUGAUAGAUUCGGGUCGACAGAGCGACAAAAUCGGAUGUUGAAAGACCAGCUCCACUCGCACCUGGACGAGCUGCAGAGUCGUCGAACUGACGAUAGACAGCGAUCCUCCGUCGCUGUAAACUCCACCACCCGUCUAAAACACAUGAGCGUCAUCAGAGAUGACGCGGUUCGCAUCGUUGCUUUGCUCAAUUCGGAGAUAUUCCAAGCGGCUGCUUCUUUAUCUGACAAGAAUUUUGGUGAUAGGUCUGCCACAAUCGAGGGACACAACCUGGAAACAGAGGCUCUCCAAGUAAAGGUGAAGGAGUAUCUAGGAGAUGAACUGGUAACGGUGCUUGAAUCGGUGUCGUUGCACAGGGAUGGACAAGGAUUCGACCCGUGGUCGCUUCAGAUCGCUUUCCAGGUGUGUUUGGCUUACUGCUGCAACCGCAUCAUCACGUCGUGGUAUCCGUGCCAUUGGGAGUAUGACGCCUUCUUGGAGACGCUGUAUUCAAAGAUUCAAGGAGUCGAAGAACCAAAAGCCGCUGAGAGAUGGUGUGCCAUCACCCGCGCACGGCUAGGUCCGUCGGAUAACAGAAAAGCCCAGAUAGUAGAUUUCAUGUGCAGUUCUUUUCUCGACAUCUUAACUCUGUCAGGUUGGUCGAAAGACUGCCCCUUAACGCGAAGUGUCAUGGAGUCCUUCCAGGACAACCUUUCGAUUGUCGCAACGCUAGCCAUUCGUCUCCACGUCAUGCUCGGGGAGGAUAGAUCGCCUGAGCGAUUGGAGACAUUCUUGAUACCACCAGGAACCGACUUUGACGAUGAGUUCAUGAACGAUGGUUACGCUGAGGAGAAUGACUCGGAUGAUAGAGAUAAUGAAGUGGUCUGCACUUCCGACAUCGGCUUGCGAAGAGUGACGAGAGACGGGCUAAAGGUGAUCGUAAAGCCGAAGGUCAUUGUACCUGCCGUUCUCGAGCAGAUGAGGCUGUAG